CUUGAGCCCAGCCAGACCACACAGCUGGGCCCAGCCGUGGCUGGCUUCUCUCUGCCUAGGGGACCCCCUGAGGCCCUGUCCUUAUUCCCCAAGAUCAAGGCAGCAGGUGCCUCCGUCCACAAUGAACGUCCUCCUCUCCAGAGACAGCCAGGUAAGGGCUAUGGAGAACACGGUGACCAAUGCUGAGAGGUAUUUCGGUCAGUUCUGCUCACUGCUGGCCUCGUACACGCGUAAGACGGCCCGGCUCCGUGACAAGGCUGACCAGCUGGUGAAGCAGCUGAUCGACUUCGCCAACACUGAGAACCCCGAGCUUCGGGCUACCAUGCGUGACUUCGCCGAGGACCUGGCUAAAGUGCAGGAUUACCGUCAGGCCGAGGUUGAGAGGCUGGAAGCCAAGGUCAUCAGCCCCCUGAAGCUCUAUGGUGCCCAGAUAAAGCAGACCCGGGCAGAUAUCAAGAAAUGUAAACGUGUCCAAAAUAAUGAGAUCAAACAACUGGAAAAGCUGGAGAAACUGAGGCAGAAGUCACCCUCAGAUAGACAGAUGAUUAGCCAGGCGGAGACCAGUGCACAGAGGGCCUCAGUGGACACUAACCGUUCUACCCACCACCUGGCAGAGACAGUGGAUGCCUUCCAGGAACAAAAGCUGAAGGACCUCCGGAAAAUCUUCUCUGACUUCGUGACCAUUGAGAUGGUAUUCCACGCAAAGGCGGUGGAGGUGUAUUCCAGCGCUUUCCAGACCCUGGAGAACUAUGACGUGGGCAGAGACCUGCAGGACUUCAGAACCAAGAUGCGUGGAAUUUAUGGGCACAGUGAAGCUCGGCCACUCACAGACACCAACCCCUCUCCAUCUGUCCCCUGGCCUCUGGCCAGCCAGAGUGUUCAGAGCACUGUGGCACAACAGGGGAAGGAUGAGGAGGAGUGUGAGGCUGACUCUGUGGAAGAGAUCCCUCUGGAGGACCUCAGGGGACAGCAGCAGGGACACUGUGACUAGGAAGAGGAUCCCAGUGGCAAGUGGAAAGCCUAGGCUGGCCUGGACCUUGGUGUGUUCUGCUUAUGUCCUUGGGUCAGGGGUCCCUGGGACCUUACUUCCCUUAUCGGUGCAGUAGGCUGCUCUGCAGACCUGUAAUUCCCACUAUCAAUAAAAGAUAUGUGAUUU